UUCAUAUUGACCAUCUCAAGUGAAUCCAAAAUUCUACUCGAACAACGUUUGCCCAAUAAAAAGAUCUGCAAGCCUAAUUGAGAAAUUAGGACCUUGGAGAAUUCUUUUUCUUUUUUUCUUGGUGGAAUCUUCAAGAGAUGAUUACUGGUAUUUUCUCUAACGCGAACCACUUACACUGGAUAUUUCUGUUCUCAUUCGGAAAUCAAGGUUGCAAGACGCGGAAGACAGAACGUGAUGACAAAUGGAAACGCGUCCUUGUCUAAAUCGCGACGAGACGAGAGGAUAGUGCGGUUCCUACAGAAGAACGCAGAAAUAGAAACGCGAUGCAUCCGUCGAGCGGAUUUGUUGGCACGAUUCGAUCUCGACCUCUCGAUCCUGAGCUUGAGCUCUCUCAAACGCGUGCGGUCCGAUUCGAUAUUCAGAAGCGCACACACACACGCCGAUCAUCGUCGGCGGAGCAUCGCGGCGCCUUCAAAAGUGAGGAAAUUCAGUGAAAGAAGAGUCUGUCCAGUGACAGUGCUUUCGAGGUCAGUAGACCGCGCACUCACGCGCGCUCAGCGAGUAAACCUUAAAUCGCGUUUACGACCGUCCCAGCAUCUUUUUUCCGGAGCGCGCGCGCGCGCGGUGGGAACGCGCAUGUGUACUCGCGAUCAGCGGCGUAGCGUGGCUGUCUUCUCGCUGAGAAGAAGAAGAAGAAGGAGAAGAAGAAGAAGAAGCACGUCUCUCUCUGGCUGUGUGCUUUGGCUUCCUCUUGCUUCAUCCGUCGAUCCGAGGAUCUAUGCCUCGCGCGACGAGCGCGACGAGCUUCGCGAGGAAACUUCUCGGACGAGGAAAAGACUUUCUCGUCGGUAUUCCUCCCUCCUUGGGAGCGAAAUCCGAGAGGGAUGCUCCUUCGUGCGGUAUGCUUACGGAUGCGAAAUCAGUAUGCGAGGAUGGCGACCAGUGGUCCCGUGCGCACUGGCGCGGACUUCUCUCCGGUUUCCAGGAGUAGGAGUCGUCUAGGCUACGUCACUGGCGGGGUCCUCGUGACACAGAUCGGCGAUGGUAACUAUAACGGUAUCCGUCGGCGUGACCUACUCUCUCGGUGAAGUCGCGCUCUCUCGGUCUUCCUCCUUUUCGUUUCUCUCUCCGUGUGUCUUUCCCCGACUCUCCUUUCUCGUCCAGGGCCGAAUAUCGAGCAGGUUCGUCGCACAGGGCACAGGAUGAUGACGUGCGGCUCGGUACGUCGAGCGCGCACGUGUUCCUCGCUCGACGAAACGAUGACACGAGAAUUGAUUAUCCCCAAAGUUAUAGUCGAAAAGGGCAACCACGACACCGCGAGAGGACGACGGACGACGAUAACUGCUGUACGAAGUAAUUACAAUUGUCCGAAAUGUAAUCGUUGAUAAUGUUUUUCGCAGCGAUCGCAUCUCAGCAAGAUCCGAUUUUUUUCAGGCGUCAACGCUUCGGCGCUGAGCGUCUCUUCUCGCCGUGCGGAAGUUUCGAGUUGAGGACGGGGGCGAGGUGAGACUGCCGGCACGCCACUGCGUGCGUGCGUGCGUGCGUGCGUGCGUGCGUAUAGCAUCUUCUCCCGUAGAGCGGGCUACACUUUUUCCACGUGAAGCACAUCGUUCACGGGGUCGUCGCAUGGGCGGGCGGGCGGUUGAACGAGCGAGCGAGUCAGCGGCUGAUUACGGGCAGUAAUGAAAGCGGCCCGCUUGCACACGGUAGGCAAGUGGAGACAGGUACGCAAGGUGCGCGCUGUCAUGUAGCCGCGCGCCGCCAGUCAUCUCCGUCGUCGUCGUAGUCCACAGUCUCACCUCUCCUUCGGUCUCUCUUAUCCGGGCGCGUCUUAUACGGAAGCGACCGUGCGUGGUCAAUGAAAGCAGCAGCAGCAGCAGCAGCAGCAGCCGCUGUCGCUACCACUGUUGUUGCUGUUGUUUGCUCGUACCUCGGCCAGUAGCCAGUAGCCAGAGUGUGUGACACCGCCUUAGAGUGAGCGGUGCGCGGGAGUGGCUCGCGGGAUUCACCAAGUCGUCGACUGGCACGACGGGUCUGCCGGCUCGGACCGUAGCGAGUUCAAAUCCGCGAGUUAUGAAAGCGAUCGCGUUUUUCCUUCUUCAGGUGAGCGCACUGCAGCUGCCGAGAUGUCGAGGCGGUGGGCCGAGCACAUUCGGGUACGACGCGUCCUCGGCGUGCAGCAAGCCGUAUUCGCGCGUGGGACGCGCGCACCACGAGGAUCUGCCUUGCGACUUUCGCCGGCAGAACUGGUGCACGAUCCCCGGUAGCGCUUAUCCUUGGCACGCGGUGCGUCGUUUCGUGCAGGAGAAUCAGGGAUUGAUGCGACGCAUGUACGGUGACGAGAGUUACAUCAGCGUCCUCAGAGCGGAAUUCGACAAGAAUGAUAUCGAGCUGAAAUACGACGACUAUCAUCAUUUUGCUGACGAGUUAAGGCAAUUUCAAUAUGAGGACGACGAUUACGACGAGUUUGUGGACGACGAGCGGCAGGCGUUGCCAAAGGACAACGCGGACGAGUAUGAGGGUCGCGGAUUCACAAGUCGUUCCUUCAACGAUCCCAUCGCCAAGCGGCUGAACAAGUUUCCGAAACUCAGCGAGUACACCAGGCCGCACUUCAAGCCGACCGAGCGGAUCACCACCAGCUCCAUCGCCAGCAGCACUACUACUACUACGACCGCCUCGACGUCGACCAGCGCCACGACCUUUCGUACACGCGUGUCGUCCUCGACGACACCUGCCGCAUCUUCCAGCACGGAAGAAACAUUAUUCGACAUUCAAGCGCCAGUGACCAAGUCAACCAAGUCUCCAAACCAAGUCACCACUGAAGCAGCCGACGAAGAUCUCGCGGCAACAAAUAGCACGACGACGACGGCGACGUUAUCGCCGAGCGUCACCGUAGCUCAGAUUAUGAGAGAGCAGAAUUUCAGUAUCAACGAGAUCCCCGGACAAAACGACCGGAUCGACGAGAACGUGGAGGAGGAGACCGUGGAAGUGGUGGUGCACUCGGAGAACUCGGACGCGGUGAUAGAAGAGGACACGACUUUGGAAUCGGCUGACACGACCAGCGUGUCGUCGGAACUACCAUUGGUCGAGCAGGAGGGUGAAGAAGAGAAGGAGAAAGUACUCGGUGCGGCCACAAAGACGACCGUACACGAGACUGUCGUCGCCGCUCCGAGUAACCACGAGCAAUUCAGACCGCGUCCCGAGUAUCGGCCGUUGGGCGUAGCCGAGACGUCGAGUAUGAGCGGACAGCUCUAUCAGGACGCGGCGAAGGAGCAGCCGGAGCAGCAAGUGAUGAAGCUCCGAGGAGUCAGGAACGCUUGCCCCGUCAAAGAGGAAGUAGUUGCACCAUUCUGGGCGAACAGCACUCGCGGCGAGGUCCUGGCCCUGCUGAACCUCUAUCCGUUCGAGCAGUAUGUUCACUGGGAGAAGUGCACGCACGAGAACAAACAGAUGUACUGCCGCGACGGCUGCAAGUGCGAGCAGCAGUACAGGCUGCACCGGUUGCUGGCUUAUGACCCCAACAACGAGUGCCGCGGUAUCUUCAGCGACUGGUUCAAGUUCCCCAGCUGCUGCGUGUGCCGUUGCUACGAUCUGCCGCUUGAGUUUCGAGUAACAUCGCGCUCGCCGCGCACUCACAAACGGCGGAUCAAGGUGCAAGUACCGCGGGACCGUUAUGCAUGAUCGAAUUGUCCUGGCCGAUCGCCAAAAGUGCCAGGUCGCGUAAAUGCAGAGGACAAGCCGUUGAGAAUAAGAUCGUCGUUCAUACAUUCGAUUUGCGUGCCCUGAAAUCCUAAAGUAAAGAGGGAACGCGGUACGAUAUGAUCGAUGUCCAAUGACGGUUGAAAUGUAUUCUGAAAUAUCUAAAAUGUCGGAGGUUAAGUUGUAAGCACACACACACGCACACGCACACACACACACACACAUGUACACACACACGGUAUCUAGUAUGGAGAAAGAAAUGCGGAAACUGAUUACGAUACGUUUCGAGAUUUUACGACGUGUGUGUGUGUAUGUGUGUGUGCCGUUUAAUCCAGCUGUGUACGCGUCAUCGGCUCUCUUGGUCUGUUCUUUGUAGCUGCACUGCUGAACUGGUGCAAUAAGUUAGAAUGAGAGAACCUAUAUUUGUCUCACUUUAACUUAUUGCACCAGUUCAAUAGUGCAGCUACAAAGAACAGACCAUCUGUUACACCUCUCUUCUCCCAUGCAACAUAUACCGCUGUAACGAGUGUUAUGCAAUUACGAUUAUUUAUUAUGACGAAAGAGAAGAAAAAUAUAUUUAUACAUAUAUAUACUCGAGAUAUAAUUCUAUUGCAAGCAGAUAAGGCUCGUGAAUAAAGUACGCCAUUCUUUUUUUCUUUUUUUUUUUGCUAUAUUACUAUACUCUUCUCGUGUUGCUCGCGUUCAUUACCUGCAUCUCGCUUGUAUU